AUGUUCAGCAGGUUUAAAAAGUUACUCGGUGCUCCUGAGCCUCCGCCUGCCCCGGCUGCUACCCCGCCUCCCAGUGCAGCUCCACCAGCUAAGGAGGAAAAGCCCCCCGAAAAGAAGGAUGAAAAAGAGGAGCCAAAGAAAGAGGAGGAAAAGAAAGAAGAGGUAAAGAAAGAAGAAGAGAAAAAAGAAGAAGAGCCCAAGAAGGAAGAGGCCAAACCAGGUGAGAAGUCUACUAAAGAGUGCUGCUGUGUUUUAUUUCCAGAACCUGCUCCUGCUGCUCCUGCUCCUGCUGCUCCUGCUCCAGCUGCUGCUCCUGCUCCUGCUCCAGCUGCUGCUCCUGCUGCUCCUGCCAAUCCAGAGGGGGCUGAAGGUGAAGAGGCCUGCCCUCCCACUCCACCUGUUGUCUACUUCCGUAACACAGAUGACACACUCAGAGCUGUGAUCAAGGACAUAAGAGAGCGGACAGAGAUUUUCAAAGAGAAGGCCAUAGACCCGUACGCCACCUCGCCAGAAAUCACCCCACCUGUCACACCUGUUCUGAGGAAGGACGACUACAUGAGACUGAAGGAGGAGGAGCGAAUAGCAAAAGAAGAAGCUGAAAAAAAGAAGGCGGAAGAGGCGGCCAAAAAGGCAGAGGAGAAGAAGAAAAAGGACGAGGAGAAAAAGCUGGAGGCCGAGAAGAAAGCAGAGGAGGAGAGGCUGGCGGAGGAGGCCAGAAAGAAAGCGAAGCUCCUCCCAGACAUCAACUUCUCCUGCUUUGACGUCAUCUUCCAUCCAAUCGAGAUCCACAUGGAUAACAUCCUGGGAAACACCAUAGAUCCUUUCACAGAUCGUCGUUACAUUGCCUGGAUGUCCCUGGUGGCAUUGGCAUUCAACUACAACACUUGGUUUUGCACCGCCCGGUUGGCCUUUCCUUACCAUAACGAAACUACAAACCCCUUCUGGAUAUUUUGCGACAUUGUUAGUGACUUAGUGAAUGUUAUUGACAUCGUGGUUUGGCAGCCCCGACUUCAGUUUGUCAAAGCUGGAGACAUUAUUAAAGACAGAGCCUUGGCUAAGUUACAUUAUCGGAAAUCAUAUCGAUUCAAGGCUGAUGUCUUCAGCAUCCUCCCCUUUGACCUUCUCUGCCUGCACUUUGAGUUCUCCUCCAUAUACCGAUUCAACCGCUUUAUCAGGAUUGAAUCCUUCUUCGAGUUCAGUGAUCGACUUGAGAGUAUCAUGGCCAAGGCCUACAUCUGGAGAGUGGCUCGCACCACAGGUUACCUGCUCUUUAUGCUCCAUCUCAACGCCUGUGCAUUUUAUGUUGCCUCGAUACAUCAAGGUCUUAAUACGACCUCGUGGGUGUAUGAUGGAGAGGGCUCAGCGUACCUGCGUUGUUACUACUUUGCAGUCCGCAGUCUGAUCAACAUCGGGGGUCUUCCAGAGCCUGUGACCACCUUUGAGAUUACCUUUCAGAUGUUGAACUUUUUUAUUGGCGUCUUUGUGUUCUCCAGUUUGAUUGGACAGAUGAGAGACGUCAUAGGAGCAGCAACAGCAGGUCAGACAUAUUUCCGGGCAUCAAUGGACGGCUGUGUUGCUUAUAUGAACACCUACUCAAUCCCCAAGCAUGUCCAGAACAGAGUUCGGACCUGGUACAACUACACCUGGGCAGCUCAGGGCAUGCUGGAUGAGUCCGAGCUGCUGGAUGCGUUGCCUGUGGUGAUGAAAACCGCCAUUGCUGUUGACAUCAACCUGAGCACCUUCCAGAAGAUUGCACUGUUUCAGGGCUGUGACCAGCAGAUGUUGGUGGACAUGUUGCUGAGGCUCAAGUCAAUCAUUUAUCUACCUGGAGACUUUGUGGUGAAGAAGGGGGACAUCGGCAAAGAGAUGUACAUCAUCAAAAGCGGGGCCGUGCAGGUGGUGGGAGGACCGGACAACAGUAUUGUGUUUGUCACACUAAAGGCUGGAAGCGUGUUUGGAGAAAUCAGUUUACUACAGUCUGCCAAAGAUGGAGGCAACAGGCGCACAGCUAACGUGAAAGCCCACGGCUUUGCUAACCUUUCUGUCCUGGAGAAGAAGGACCUGUUUGACAUCCUCGUCCAUUACCCAGAGUCUCAGAAAGUGCUGGCCAGGAAGGGAAAGAAACUGAUCAAAGCCAAAGGCCCUGCACCAGCUAAAACCAACGAGGAAAAGCCAAAAGGUUUCGCUUUGUUUGGACAAAAACCACCAACACCCAAGUUAAUGAAGCUCUUUGGCAAUUUCCGCAAAGCAGAAGCUGCCAAGAACAAUGCCUAGUACGAGAAAUCAAAGCAGGAUGUGUGGGGCUGCUCCUGAGCUCCACCACUUCAGCCUGUAUCAUUCUGUUCAUUACACCUUCCACUGCCUACUGAAGGAAUCACAUGAACACAGAAACGGGACUUCUGUAAUUAUCAUCUAUAAUAUUCACCUCGUAAACUUUUGUAGCUUCAUUCAUAGAGUCAAGUUUGACCUGAUCAGUGCGAGUAGCCAAAUUUAAAGGUUAACAUAAUGCUACAGAGGGAGCUCGGAGUAGAGCCGCUGUCAGUUGAGGUGGUUCAGGCAUCUGAUCAGGAUGCCUCCUGGGCGCCUCCUGUUAAAGGUAUUUCAGGCACGUCCCACUGGUAGGAGGCCCUGGGGCAGA